CUGGUUACCUCAGAGGCACAUACAUACAAUGUGAGAAUGGAUGCCUUGAGGAUACACAUUGGUACUGAUGACAGGCUUCUUGUCUCUGGGUCCCAUCUGCCCCUGGAGAGGCGAGUUUUACCAACACUACUACUUCUUGCACUGGUAUCUCUCUCAGGAAUCAUGCCUGCUGCGGUUGCCAAGGAAUCAAACAACAAAUGUGAGGAGAUCCAGAUCCUUCGAGGCAUCCCAGACACAAUAGCCUUUAUGGGGAAAGUAUUUUACUACCCAGUACCACCAUUUGCCUUUCAGGGAAAGAUAACCCAGUACAAGAUUACGUUGGCUAAUGGUGCAGAUUUGCCAAAAUGGUUGGAGUUCAAUCCUAACACAAGUACACUGCAAGGACUGCCAGUGAAUGAGGAGAAUGGAGACUACCACUUGAAUGUAGCCGCCCAUGAAGAUGGGUGUGUUCAGAAAACACCAAGAGCCAAUGUAAAUUUUACCCUUCGUGUUCAGGACAGCAUUCUGAUCCCAGAAAAGAAGACUGGCUUAAGUCACACGCCCAAGCGCAAUAUUAUCAGUUCUGAAAGAUGUACAAGGGACAGCUCUCUCACCUCUGCCGAGAUCAUCAUCCAUGCUGCGGCUGAAUUGCUGGAUGUUCAACAACGUCUCUCUCUGGUAUGCACCAUGGCAGAAUAUCUCCAUCUGGAUCCUACCUCAUUGGCCCUAAAUCCAUAUCAGGGUUUGAUACACAGAAGAGGAAGGAACCUAACAAUACUGGCUGAAGAUAUUAGACACGUCAGCUUCAUGGAAAGCCAUUACAUAGGACUCUACUGGCCCGUUGGAUGUGGAGUUUUUGCAAUGCUCUAUGAAUUAAUUCAAGUUCUAAGACACAAUGUUGAUUCACACCAUCUCUCACAGCUCUUAGGAUAUGAAAUUGCAGGCUGGAGAAUAAUUAAAAGAGAAGGAUUUGAAAGAAAACGUUCAGGAAGACAACGCAGACAGUUAAUGGUUACACCAACACCUACACUGAAAAUGACUGAAAUCAUGGCGAAACCAACUGGAGAAGAGGUCUUCACUACUUUGCCACCAAAUUCACUUGUUUACUUACACACAGACACUGUGGUAUCACCUAUUCAGACUUGGUUUUCCUUCCACAAAGCAAGCACAGCUGUCACCAGUUACAUUGAUCUCAUUCCACUUUUUGUAACAAGCCAAGUGAGUUUAGAAGCCUUAGAAAUGGGCCCAUCACAGAACUUUCUGAGUAAAAGACCAAUGUCUAGGACUAUUUUUCAAGACCUUUCUGCUUUUGCUUUUCCUGAACUUUCACCUUCUUUGAUAAUUACAGCAACCUCUCUUUCAACAGAAUUUAAGGGGCUGCAGAAUACAGUUUCCAGUAUGCCACUCUUCUUAGAGCAACCACAAUCUCACGUGCAAGAGUUGGAUGCAUUCUUGCAGUCUGGCAAAUCAGAGCCAUCAAGGCAUCAUUUUCUAUCUGUCCUUUCUUUUGACAUCACUGAGCCAACUGGUAAAGGCCAAUUUUCAAGACCCAUUUACACUUUAAUGACAGAAACACAUUAUGAAUGGCCUCUAAUCUCUCCAGAAGUAUCUCUUGUUAAGACAGCACCUCAAACACAUUCUCCAGAAGAAAUAUUAAUGACAUCGGUUUAUAGCCGUCAGGAGGAUGGCAUCUUUGGUUAUCCCCAUUUUCCUGAAUUUGGAAUACCAUCUAGUGCAAUCAUCUCUCCAGAAAAGCUGUCUUCAACAUCCAUAUUGACUUCAGGACAACUGACUACGUUAUUUGGUUUUACGCCUCCCAUUGAUGACAUGUUUCUACUUUUGUCAGGUGGUAGCCAUCUGAGUCAAGAGCUAUUUAAUGGCUAUGAAUACAUGUCUAAUUCUUUUAUGACUAUCCCACAGACAGACAGACUUCCAUUUACUGAAGAAGAAACCUCAGUUCCUUCUAUAAUCCACAUGGACACAUUGAUUUGGGAUAGAGAAUCCAACUUAAGCUAUGUUACCUCAAUAUUGGAUUCUUCUAUUUUAAGUAGCACUUUCCCCAGUGAUGCUGGACCUUCUCAUGAAACAAGUCUGACAGCGCAGUCCUAUCCUGAUAAUGCUCCAUUGCUUACUCUGCCUACAGAUUUUGCUGGCUUUGACAGCUCUGAGCUGUCCAGACCAACAAAGAUAUUUACUUCUUAUGACAGCAGCAAGCUCAGAACACAAAAUCAUUUUCCAAGCGCUUUACCUAGUGGCACAAAGGAUUUAAAUUCAGACAAAUCUCUUGGAACCAGAAUGAUUUUGCCAAACGUCACAGUGUUUACCCUGGAGUUGACUAAAAUGUCAACCAUCCCAUCCUACACUGCAGAAAUAUCUGUGAGAACUAUAUUUAAUGCUACUUCUCAUCUGUACAACAAUGCACAAGAGCUGGUACAGAUGUCAUCUUCAUUGGUCUACCAAGAUACAAGCAGCUUGCCAUUCUCCACAUAUGAAUCACUGCAAUCUACACACGUUGCAUGGGUUCGUCCUCUGUUUUCUGUGUCACAGGUGCCUCAGGACAUAACUCCAGGUAAUAUACACAAUUACUUUGGAAAGCACAAGCAUAACAAACUUCAGUCUCUCCCAAAUGCAGAGUGGUUCCUCCCUUCUAAUGUCAGCCAUAGUCAGAAGUUGGAACAUAGUUUUCUAGUCUUGCAAGAUCUCUCGGCCUCCCUGCACUUUCCAGAAUUCAGACAUCUCCUUCCUACUUCUUCAUGCUCCACCAUGGAAUUUAAAAUCUCUUGCCCCUCUGAUCUAAUCUCUGACUCUUCCCCAUGCAGGGUCUCCUCCAUCUGUACAGCAGUCCCGCUCGAGGACAAGGCUGGGGGUCAAACAAACACUUUCCCUAAAGUUGUUAACUCCAUUAAAUUCAUAACAGCAACUAUUGGAUGCAAGUUCCAUUUUUCAGUACCCGCUGACACAUUUUAUGAUCAGGAAGAUGGCAACUCAACUCAGUUGACCCUUGGAAUAAACCCAGUCGACGGCUCACCAUCAGGGCCAGAAAGCUGGCUUCAGUUUAAUGCGUCUCUCCAAGCCAUGUAUGGCUAUCCACUCAGUAUUGAUUUUCAAUAUUCACCUCAGGAGUUUGUACUAUCUGCCACAGAUUCAGGGGGUCUGACUGUUUGGGAACCUCUCAUCAUUGAGCUUUUGAGGCCCACCAACAUUCCAUGCCAUAUUUAUACCAUCAGAAUGAAAAAUAGUUACCACUCAUUCUUGAGAGAGAGAGAAAGGGUUGGUUUAUUCCUUGACAAGCUUUUUAAAUAUUUAAACUCCAGCAGUCUUAAGAGCAUCACACUGACUGCCCUCAGACCUGGAUCCACUGUAAUCUCAUGGUACAAUAGGUCUCUGUGUACAAGCACCAACAGAUCACUGAGCCUGUGCUCAAGAGAUGAAAUCCAGGAAGUGCUGAAUAAACUAAGAGUACCUGAUGGGAAUGUCAGCCCAUACUUUGCUGAGGCAAUGUUGCCAGAAUACAAAAUUGACAUAGUUGAGAAUGUUUCAUAUGGAGGAAUCUGCUUGCCCACUACAAAGCCAUUUAAUGGAUCCUUGACUUUAAACAGUACCUUCCCUACAUAUAAUGAAGAGAGCAAUUCCUGGAUUAGAAAUGUCUUGCUAAUUAGCUUAUGUGCAACCAUCAUGGUGGCUCUGAUAAUUGUUGCCCACCGUUGUAAAUAUCACAAGAAUAUUCUUGAAUCACGGUCUAUGACUUUUCAGGGAAGACCCUUAUUUGACUACGUUGACCUGGAAAUGGACAUGCUGAAACCCCGCAAAGCGCCUGUACUUCAACGGGAGGUUUCACCCUCGCCACAUUUAUGGAUACCCGUGCCACCUUCUUCCCAACAGCAACCUUGCAGGCCCAAUGUAACUUUUGUUGCCUCAAGACUGCCUCAGUCUCUACCGCCUUUCCAGCCUCCAAAAUAUCAACUCCCACCUCAUUACAAAGUAGAUAUUACUAGCCGCAGUGAUCAAGGCAAUAUUCACAGAAGAGAUUACCCUAAAUCUGGAUUAUACUAA